UAUAAUUGAAUGCCUCAAUUUAGGUGUUCCUCAAUCAUAACCCAGAUAUAUGGCGUCAAUUUUGAGGAGCUGGUCAUUGAAGAGCACGGAAAAUAUGCGGGUUUACAGCAAACAGAAGGGGAUUACGAGACCCUGGGCGAGCAGUACAGUCCGCCCCAAAUACACGGACAUAACAUUAAAUAUAGUAUCGGGGAUGUCGUGGACCUGAACUGCUCGACAACAGCCGUAUCGCCGCCACCACUACUCGAGUGGUUCAUUAAUGGCAGAGAAGCACUCAAAACUCAACUAAUCAUUUAUAGUAAACCUAAGGAACCGAACGCUAAUCUAAUGUUCAGUUCAUCUAUUUAUGACAACUUCGCCGACUUUGAAGCUCAUAGAAAAGGCUCUGUUUUGGGAUUACGCUUUCAAAUCACUAAAGAACACUAUCAGACCUCUGACGGCAAACUGAGGCUGAGAUGUAGUGCCACUCAUGCGACCAUUAUUGGCACCGACACCACAGAACUGGUCCUGUUUUCGGGCGGCAGACAGAGCUCAUCGUUAUUCGCCUCUUAUGCCACCGCCAAUGAUAUGCAACAGAUAUAA